AUUUUUUUGUUAUGUUGAUUUAUUCCAUCAAAAAUGAUUAAAAUUUACUAAAUAAUUAAAUUCUAUUAAAUACUUAUUAAAGAUAUUUAUAAAAAAAGCAGAAACACCAACAAGCUAGGAUUAAAAAACAAUCAAGCAACAAGCAAUAAUCAAAUAAAAUUUUAAGAUAAAAAUAAAAUAGAGCAAGAAAAUAAAUGUAUCUCACUUGGAUAUUAUUUGGAUUCCUUAUGGCAGUCCUGUAUUUAUUCGCAAGGAUGAUUUAUAAAUAUUAUAUAGAUCCAUCAGAGUAGUACUUUGUUACAAAAUAUUCAGUAAUAAUAUGUUUAGUACUCAGCAUGAUAUGUUUAUUGAUUAUCCCUAUUGAUAUUCUUGUAACAUAAAAUAAGGAAAAAACAUUUUCAACACUAGAAAUUAAUGUGAAUCAAACAUUCAUGAAAGAAUUGGAAUUAAAAAUAUAUGGAGUGCUGAUUUUAUGUUCAUUUAUCCUAUUACCCUUUAGUUAUUUCUAUUGCGAGUAAAAAUAGAAAGAUUUUGAUGAAGAUGUUUCGAUGGACACAACCUCAACUUCUUCAAAAUUCUUUAAAGCUUUACAAAACACUACUUUCUUUAUACUCGUUGUGAGUGUACUCCUUUUGCUAGGAUUAGUUAUUAAAGAAAAAGAUAGAUCAGCAUAGAGUGAAGGUGUUGAUGAAGUAGAUUGGGUUAAAGAACUUUUUGAUGUAGAACAUCUUGGAGAGUCUGCUAUAUCUUUUUGUAUAGCCUUAUUUAUUAGCUUCGGAAGUAUUUUAUGGAUAAUUUACGGAAGUUAUGGAUUAAUUAUGCUUCCUCUCUACCUUAUUAAAGGUACAAAAUCCCUGAGUCAAGAAAAAGAUGAAGUUUUUUCAGACUUGGAUUAAGUAAAACAAUAAUAAAAAACAAUUUAAGGAAAAUAUGCCAAAUCACAUGGAAAAAUCUCCAACCAUGACAAAAAAAAUUUAGCUAAUUUAAGAAAAAGGGAAAGAAUUCUUCAGUUUAAGACUUCGAGGAUCAGCGAGCUAGAAGAAAAUACUAACGACAAUCUAUAAACUCUCUUCAAAAUUCUUGCUCCCUUUAGAAUUUUGUUAGGAAUAUCAUCACUUGUCAUUUCAUUUAUGCUUUAUUAUUCUUUGUUCCUUUCAACAUACGACAGAAUUUAAGGAUCAAGCUGUGGUUUAAGAUGUGGUUACAUUACUGAAAGAAAAUAAACAUUCAAUCCAUUAGAUUAAAUUUUAGUUUACUUGAGCAGUUAUUAUCCCUUGGAUUACUUCUUUUUCUUUAUAAUUGCAGGAUAUAUGUAUAUAGCACUUUUAUAUGGUAUUAUCAAGCUAGGAUUUAACUACCUUUGGUUAAAGAAUUACGAAAUUAGAAGGUCUACAUCUUAACCUUAGGCAUUGAUAAUCUUUGCUUUCUUUGUUUCUAUUUGUAUUAUGGUAAUGACAUCUCAGAUUAUGUAUAUAUCACCUUAAUAUACGACAUUCGGAGCCUAGAGGACCGUUAAAGGAGAUCAAUGUACUUUGGGUAGCGUUUCUUCAUCUAUAAAAUAUGUCUGCUCAAUGUCUAAUAUUUCUACUUUUUAUAAUAAAAUGAGUCUUAGUUUCCCCUUAUUUGCAAUGGUUUUCUUUUUCUCAAAUGUAGCCUUUUUAUUUUUGAAAACCAUAUUCUUUAUUUACGGCAUAUUCAAAGGGCGUAAUUCAUAAAUAGAUGAUGAUGAUUAUUUGUACAAUGACGAAGAGUCUACUUAACUAAUUUCAUAUUAUUGAAUGUGCAAUUCAUUUUUUAUUAUUUUUAUCUAAGUGUAAUCAAUCAAUCAAUCAUAAUAUUUACUUUGAGGAAAAAGCAUCAUA